AUGCAGAAGUCGACACUGGGUCAUCUACUUGCGCUGGACCGGACUCCCGGCCUUGGUCGCGCGAGAAAAAUGGACGAGGCAAGACAAACGGUAGAUGAUCUGACCCGGCAUUUGCAUCGGGAGUUGAAUAUAAGUCACGAAGCAAACCCUUCGGAAGUUUGGAACUCUGCAAUCGCCGUGCGCAAUACUAGGAUUGAAGCUCGAAGAGCCCCCUUGGCAACAAGUCUGGAAAAGUUGGCUUUCGCAUUAGAAACUGCAGAAACACUGGUUUCGGAAGCUACAUUAUAUGGCACCAUUUACAUGACAGCAGUCGAUAUGAUGAGAGUUAUGCAAGAGACAAGAGGGUUUCUUCAGCUAUUAGCUAAAAUCGUUAAAGACAAAAAUUACACCAGUGAAAUGCCAUUACCACCAGCAGGACAAAAUGGGCGCUCUAUUGGAAUAAACUCUCCACGCUCUCCCUUCUCUUCCGGGUGGGCAAAUAAUGUGUACAAUACAGCUGGUUCUAGACAACCUGGAUUAGGCGAGCCGCGAUUUGUUGCAUCAGGAAGCGAAUUGAGUCUCACUGCUGGGCAGCACACUCAGUUGGGGCAUACUACAGAGAAUACUGACCCAAAUUGGACCUUUCCACGGGCUGAAGCUUUGAAGAAAAAGAUUGAAGCUUCACAGCAACAUAAAAAGAGGAAGAUAGGAUAA